UUUUGCGUCUUCCCAGCAGGACUCGCAGUAAAUAUGGAAGCCAAGAGGGGGUCCAUGGAGGCAAAUCCUGCUGAAGAAGAGCAAAUGAAGACCCUUCUUCAUUCUUCUCCAGUUUACCCAUUGCCUGAGGAGAUAAAAAAUAUGGAGCGCAGGGAGACAGUGUGCCGUUACUGUGGGGUAAGCUACUUGGUUUUCCAUGAGUUUCAUCAGCUUCGCACUCAGCUUUCUCAGUUAGAGUCAGAGCUCAAGCAAGCGAAGAAGACUGCCCAGAAGGAGAAGGCCCAGUAUGAGGCACUGGAACUCAACAGGCUGGAGUGGGAGAAGGAGCUUCAGUUGCAGACGAAGAAAAAAGCUGAUGUAAGGGAGAAAAUGGUCAGAGAAGAGCUUGAAAAAAGGAACCAGGCCAUGACGAAAGCUCUGAAAGAAGAGUUUGAAGCAAAAUCUGAGAGAAUAAGGAAGGAGAUGGAAGAGGGCUGUCAGAAAAUCACAGAAGAGAGGGAAAUACAGCUUAGAAGGGAGCUGGGAGAGUUGGCAGUGGAAGAACUGAGAAAGCAGAGGGAAGAGCUGGGAAAGAGUGCUGAGGAGAGAUAUAGUGUUUUGGGCACUGACCUUCAGAAGGCCAAAGAAACUUCAGAGGACCUGAGAAAAAACAUCCAUCAAUUGAAAAACAGGCUGGAGAAGACAGCUGACCUGAAGAAUGAGAUAGAGGAGAAGCUUGUAAAAGAGAAGCAGCAUGUUAGAGCACUCAGGGGUGUGGUUGUGCGGCAGCAACAGAUCCUCCGGACAACUUUGACCAUGCUUCGCUUCUGUGGCAGCGUGUUCACAGAUGUACUAGGUUUCCUCCAUCAGCUGACUGGGGCUUGCCAGGCUUUCGGGUCUCAGGUUUUGCUGCAUUGCAAACAGGUGUUCUCAGCGCUGGAUGGAGAGCUCCGGGAUUCCACUGUGGAGCUCGAGAAAAUGAAAGAGGAGAAAGAACACCUAACUCAGCAGCUGAUGGAACAGAAGAGACAGAGGGAGGACCAGCUGUCUCAACAGGAAGACACUGAGAAGAAACAUGGCCGGAAACUGCUCAGAUUAACAGUGGAACUGGGGGAGAAAAAUGAGAAGUGGUUGUUAUGUCAACAAAGGUGUGAUGCCAUGGAGCAGCAGCUGUUGUCAUGGGAGCACAGAGAGGAACAACUAAACCAGAAGUGGCGUGCGGCUGUGGAGGAAGUGACACAAUUGAGGAAAGCCCUGGAGAAGAGUCAGCUGGAAAAGAGGGAGCUGAUCAAUGAAAGGGAUAUUUUGAUGGAGUCUCAUGACAGAGCCAUCACCAGCAUGAAGUACGACCAUAGUAAAGAGCUAGCCUCAAAGCUGGUUUCUGCUCUGGGAGAAGAAAGGUCUCUGAGUCAAUUGCACCUACGGGAGCAGUUGGAUAAGAUUCGUAGGGAGGCUGACAUAGAGCUGAAGAAAGAGAGAGAGAAGAACCAGAUGCUGAUUUCUCAGUGUCAUAAUGAAAAUUCACAGCUCCACCAGAAGGUGGAUGAUUGA